AAAGAGAGACGGAGAGAGAGAGAAAGAGAGAGAGAGCGAGCGAGCGAGCGAGCGAGGGGCAGACAGGCGAGGAGGAGAAAUAUAUCUACCUAUCUAUCCUUCCCAGCCUCAGACGGAGGACAACGCAAUACAACACAGCGAGGAGGAAAAAGGACAUUUACCUCGACCGUUUUCUGCUGUAAAAAACGUCCACUUUUUUGCUGUCAUCUCGCGAGAAUCUACAUCGUUUUUAGCAGCAAUGGCCCAAGAGACGAACCAGAGCCCGGUGCCCAUGCUUUGUGCCACAGGCUGCGGUUUCUAUGGCAACCCAAGAACCAAUGGCAUGUGUUCUGUCUGCUACAAGGAACACCUGACACGGCAGCAGAGCAGCGACCGCAUGAGCCCUCUGAGCCCUAUGGGCUCAGCUGCUAGUCCUACCUCAGAGGCAUCGGCCAUCCAGAGACUAGAAGCCAGUUUAGCCAAGGUUGAUGCCUCCCCUGCCUCUUCGCCAGACAUGUCUAGAACUGUUCAAGGUGCUCUUCCUGUGACUCAACAAAUGACAGAGAUGAGCAUUUCCAGAGAGGACAAACCAGAACCCCUAGAGCCUGUUGUAAGCCAGCCUACUGCUUCUAGCUCCAGCCCUGUAGCUUCUUCCAGCACUGAGGAGAACAAGGGGGAUACCCCCAAACCUAAGAAGAACAGGUGCUUCAUGUGCCGCAAGAGGGUGGGCCUUACAGGGUUCGACUGUCGCUGUGGCAACCUGUUCUGUGGCCUCCACCGGUACUCUGACAAGCACAACUGUCCCUACGACUACAAGGCCGAGGCCGCCGCCAAGAUCCGCAAAGAAAACCCUGUGGUGGUGGCUGACAAGAUCCAGAGAAUAUAAAGCUAACGAAAUAACAGUGGCAGGAGCAAUGAUGACAAGACCUUUGACAAAGACUGGAGAAUGAGUGCGAAACUUUGAAAUGAACACUGGCAUGAGUGGUUUAAGUAAAGGAUUGCAAGGACUCGAUUUUCAAAAUCACAACCUCGAGAAAAUAAUGGAGAAGAAGAAAAAAAAUGAUCCUGUCUGAGGAAGAUGCAUGAAUGAUCACUUUUCUCCUUUUUUGAUUAAUUCAUUAGUUUGGUUUAUUCUUUUUUUUCUGUGGUGUGACUUUGCCGCUGUUCAGUCCUUUUUUUCUUUUUCUUUUUCUUUUUUUUUUUUAAGAAUUAUGUAUUGUCUUAUUAAGAGCAGCCCAGGGUAACUGUCCAGGAUAUGCUGUGUUCCUCUCUCACCUAAACCAGGCGCCAUUUUGUGCCAAACCAUAGGCAGCCAUCUUACUUAGACCGUGUCACAUGUCAGACACUGGCAGGUCUGUCCAUGCAUUCAGAUUACACAGUAACAGUCCACAUGAGUUGUGGCCCCUCAGCCUAUAAACCUGCUGUUCUGUGUUCUGUUAGUAUUUGAGUCAGUCGACAUUUGGAGAACCGUACAACUGUGCCCCACCGCGCACAAGGGGCUUUGUCAAUUUGUCUCUGUCCUUCCUAGCUUUACCUACCUCACAGCUGCUGUGUCAAGCUUCGUCGUCUUCCUUCUUACUUUCUUCUCAUCUUGUUGGAACUUUGCAGAACUUUGCAGCUAGUCUGCCUCAGAAACUAUCUGAACAGCAUGCAUAUGUUGACUUUGAUCAUUUUGGUUGCAAUGAGGUCGUUUCCGUUAAAGAUCGGAGGUAUUGCAGAAAACAGGGACAAAGUAUUUCUCCACUUUUCACUGAAUAUAAACACCUAGGAUGGACAUUUCUUGGUGAAGGAGGUCCCAAACUGGUCUGAGCUCAGAUUGUAAUCCCAGAGGCUCGGAUGGGGUGGCUGUGUACGCUGAUGCUGGAGCAGUUUCCAGGGUGAGGCCUGGGAGGAGGGUGGUACCCCUCCCCCCCACAGGCAGGUCCUUUAUGUGGGUUUACAAUACAGUAUGGGGGCAUGAAUGAAUGGGAUAAAUGCAUGGGUUACUCUUCAACUGCAGUAGUUUGUAAGGAAUAGCUAAAUGAAUUUGGCAUCACUCGACUAGUGUUUUGGUCAUUUUUCUGUUGAAAUUAAGUUUUAUUUUGUUUCUUUUCUCUCUUCCAUUGCUAUAGUACUGAUGUUAGCACAUGUAUUCAGUGCAUUUGUGGAGUUAGGGUAUGUGAACCACGCUAUGUAUUACUUUUUUUGUAUGCGCUAACAGGAAGUUUGUGUGAGCACAGAAUGUGUGUGUGGGUAUGUUGUUCCCCAACCCUUUUGUCUGUGGAGCUACCCGGUUUAUCAGCACAUGUUUACAGAACUACAGGAGCAUGCCAGAGCUAGAUUUAUGAAAAAUAAUAGAUACCAGGAUUAGAUGUAACUUCUCAUCUCUCUAACAGCUAUUGGUCUGUGUGUCUGCUAUAGAGCACUGUAGAGAAGUGUGCGUGUAUUUGUGUGUGCGUGCAUGUGCACGUACCUGUGAGAAGUGUGUUUUCAUGGCUGCCUGACACAUUGAAACACAUGUAUGUUUGUGACUUGUGUUUAACCCGUUUUCUCCCCUGUAAGGAUGUGAGUUUUUCAUUUAAAAAAAAAAAGAAAAACAACUGUAUGUAUCCGUUUUGAGUUUUCCUUUCUGAAUCUUAGUUAUAUGCAAAUUUGUACAAAAAAAGAAAAAACGACAACAAACUGUGUUGAUAUUUAUGUAUUACAUAUAAUCUUGCUAUCCAGCAUUACAACAGAAUUGUAUCAUGUAAAUAAAACUAUGUACAGAGAGACAUUA